AUGUCUGACGGUGGAAUCAAUGUCGAAGGCAACUUUAACCAUGGGAAUGCUAUCGCUGGUCCUGGGGCAGAAAGGAUAAUGCCUUUAUUCUCCCUGAAGGGGAAGACGGCAAUUGUUACAGGCGCAGGAGCGGGGAUCGGGCUCGCUGUUGCGCAGGCAUAUGCGGAAGCUGGCGCAAAUGUCGCCAUAUGGUACAAUAGUAACAAUCACGCAGUUGAGCGAGCAGCAGAAAUGGAACGCGAGUACGGGGUAAAAUGCAGAGCUUAUAAAGUCAAUACAACGAUAUAUACCGACGUACAGAAGGCAACGGAUGAUAUUGUAAAGGAAUUUGGAGGACGAUUGGAUAUAUUUGUCGCCAACUCCGGCAUUCCUUGGACCCAAGGCCCUGCCCUCGAAGGAGACCUCUCGCACUACCAUGACGUGGUCAAUAUUGACCUUGAUGGCACUUUCUAUUGUGCGCGAGCUGCUGGAAGACAUUUUCGCCGCCAAGGGCUGGAAGGCACAGAUGCGAACGGGAAAGUACUAGAUCAAAACUACAGUUGCGGAUCAUUCAUUGCCACUGCAAGCAUCAGUGGUCACAUCGUCAACAUUCCACAGCUCCAAGCCGCAUAUAAUGCAGCAAAAGCCGGCGUGAUUCAGCUUUGCAAAUCUCUUGCAAUUGAAUGGGUGAAAUUUGCAAAAGUCAAUUCUGUUUCUCCCGGGUACAUUGCAACGGAGAUAUCUAGCUUUAUCCCCCAGGAGAUGAGAGUGAUCUGGAAGAAUAAAAUUCCCAUGGGCCGGGAGGCCCAUGCAAAUGAACUUAAGGGUGCCUUCUUAUUCCUUGCUUCUGAUGCUUCGUCAUACGUCACCGGUGCUGAUUUGGUUGUUGAUGGAGGAUAUACUCUAGUCUAA